CUGAUUUUUUCAUAAUUUUUUGGAUUUUUCUUUCGUCUCUGUUUUCUUUCGUAAUAUUCCCUUUUCUACUCUUCUUUCUCCUUUGUUUUGUGUUCUUAACUUUAAAAUUUAUUUCUCUACCUUUUCCUGUUAUCAGGUUGUUUCCUCUGUGAACGUAUCUACGGUGUUGCGCAAGGCGCGCGGUUUACCCGUGUGUGGCUGUUUCGCAAGCUCUUCCCGGUCCAGUCAUAUCCUCCAUACUCCCACAUUCCCAUUUAUCUUUUCUAUCCUAUACUCUACGAUCCUCUCUCAUCAUGCCUAGCACCAAUUUUUUGCGGUUGCACCGUAUUGUUGUCUCCGUGCUCCCUUUUUCAUCGAGCGACGAGCAGCCUACUGAUUGCUGCCUUUCAUGAUGAAACGUGAUUGGUGAACCUGGCCUCCAUGAACCGCAUCCUGGAACGUGUCUGCGGAUACUGGCCGCCGGGCCCUUACAACCCCAGUGGUGUUCUGCUCAUUAGGGUGCAGUGGGCAGGUGUGCCCCGCCUGAAAUGGGUCCCGAUGUGUGAUCUGGCUCAGGCCCAGGAUGUUGUCCGUGUAUUCCUCCAAAAACGUGAUAAAGCACUGUACAGAUCGCCGCUGCCGGAUGGACGGGACGAAUGGCAUGUUAUGGCGUACCCACUGCACGCCGCCAUUCUCCGUAAUGAAGCGCGCAUUCGCGCUGGGGUUCACGGGACUAGCGCCGGUAAACCGGAGCAUCAGGUUGCAGCAGCCGGCAAAGCGUCCGUCGCAGCGGCGACACCGCCGUCCCUGAUGAUGGGUCCGAGCAGCAGUCUGCAGCGUCCCACGACGCCGGCCCGCCGGACACCGCGCGCCCCGAAUGCCGCGCCGGCGAGCCCCGCACACGCUGCCACAUCCACCGCGGCAUCGCGGAAACGCCAGCCGGACACGACGGAUGACGAGGAUGCACCGCCGUCCCUGAUGAUGGGCCCGACGUCGCCCGGCGCGUCCUCCCUGUCCAGCGGCAUCCCCGGCGACACGGCAUUCAGCUGCACCGUCCUGCACUCCAAAAACGCCGGGAUCACUAGAAAACGUCCCACUCCACUCCCAGAGGAAGUUUCGCCGUCAGCGAAGGAGAAAUGGGCAAUAAAACGGCCAAAGAUUUCCCGCUCCCGCGAUCUCUCUUCGAGUGUUGCUCAUCGCCGACGGCGCACUUUUAUCAGUUUCAUAGAUGACAAUGAAGAUCCGGAUGAUUGCGAUUUCAGGAUCAAACGCAGUCGCUCACGUCGCGUAUCUCCCACGGAUGCAGAUCGCAGUGAGCCGGCAUCCUCGCGUCCCUUGCGUCCGCGUAAUCCCCGCGUGUCCUAUAAAAUCCCGCAGUGGAAUGACCCGCAGUUCGACGACGAACGAACCGUGGCCGAGCAGUCACGCAGCGCCAGGAAGCGCCGCCCCCGGACCAGUCUAGCGGGACAAUCGGCACCGGAAUCCCCGGUCCGUCGCAGCAGCAUGGAGACGUCCGUCCGUUGCGCCGCGGAUCUGUCGUCCCAUCCGACACUUUCAUAUACACCGGCGUCCCCAGCGACAUCCAGCGCUUCCAUAGAAAUUAUUGAAGAAAGUUUUGAAGAACCGGUGGAAUCCGCCAUGUCGCCGGAAACCAGUCAACACGAAAUUUUCCCGAAAUCGUUGUCUCAGUUAGGAGAAGAGCUGCAUCUGAGCGACGAUCCGGACAGCGACGCGGAUGGAAUUUCCAUCCCGGACGUCCCUCCCUCCCCGGACACUCCCGUGAAUGCCCACCCGGAAGUGUCCGUCCUUUCCGGGAAUGAUGCGGAUGCCAGCGAUCUGCCGGUACCCAAUCCCGUCCGCCGAUCAUCUCCGGACCUUCCCGUCGCGCGCCACCACCCCCGGCGCCCGGAAAAUGUUGAUCGGUGUGAGCGAGACAGUCCGACUGUCGCGUAUCGUAUCACCGGCAGUUCACGACCCGAUGGCCACCACCGCCAUUCGCCGGCCGCCUGGACGUACGACGUGGAGCGUGGCGAUCGCGUGGAUCCGUGGAGUUUCGGCAAAUGCCGGCAGCGUGCGCGGCACGCGUUGUGCGUGUAUCUGCAGGAGGCAAAAAAGGAGUACACGGGGACGAUGGAGACGCCGGCGCGGGAUGAGACGGAGGAAGCGCGGCUGGACCGCUUGACGGACGAGCUGGAACAACUGGGACGGUUGGGCGUGAAGCGCGUCCGGAAACUAGUGAGAAAUGUGCACAGAAAAAUCCUCUCGGAAAAGUAUACCCUGACUGCUGAAGAAGCAUGUCAGUAUGCACACUGCGCAACAUAUCGUGCCUGGGAGGAGCGCUGCUUGCAGAAAAAAGCGCGCCGGGAAAAGAACCGGACAACCGAGAAGACGCACCAGUGGAUCUACGGAGACGAGUGAUCAUGGCUUUGGAAUGAGUUUUACUUUCGUUAGCUUUUCUGGAAAAAGACAGGAUAUAAAAUUUUUCCCGUGUUGCUUAGGCGAUUUUCUGCAGGUCUCUUAUUUCCGAAUGGUGUUUUUAUAAUCGGAAAAUAAUUGUCUUAAUAAUUUUAAUUUUUAAGGAUUUAAUCUUAAUUAAUUUAACACGUAUCGAUUUGUAUAUGGGAUGUUUUUGCAUGGAAUGGUCGGCAGAAUGUGAAUGAGCUUGUUGGUUGUUGUUAAAAUUUGUGGUUGUUAUUGGUGCUUGACAAUGGUUUUGCCAAAGAAUUAUCG